AUGAAGUACACUCUGGCUCUAGGCGCUGCUGCGCUCCUCGGCUCCGGCGUCGAGGCCAUGCCCAAGUCGAACUUCAACAACCUGAGGGCUCAUCGUGAGAGGCACUCUGCCCAAGAGCACAAGCAGCCGGCCCGCCGUGGCUUCAUGGACGCCAUCCACAACGUCCUCAGGGGUGCUCAGCCCGCCGGUGCCCAGGAGGCCCCCGUCGCCCGCGCCUUCUGGCCGGCCGAGAAGGCCCCCCGCGCGUACGUCGCCAGCGGCAACGUCACCGUCACCGCCACGGGCACGGGCACCGGCGGCGUCUCGACGGCCACCACGACCGGCCUCUACCAGAACACGACCCUGACGCAGAGCUCCGGCCCCACGAGCGCCACCACCACCGCCGACGACCAGGACUGCACGUUCCACUACGUCACGCAGACGCAGACGGUCGACGUCACCGUCACCUUCACCGUCACGGACAGGCCCAACUUCACGGCGCCCAACGGCAACGUGCAGAACACGACGACCACGUCGGGCUACUGGAACUCGACGGCGUCGGCGACCAUGACCGACUGCGACGACAACAGCACCACCUCGACCGUCUUGGCCAACAACACGUCGAUCCGCACCAUCGUCGGGCCGGCCACGACGGGCUACAGCAACGGCACCACGAUCGUCCAGACCGCCACGACGACCGACUGCCCCGAGGAAGGGCAGUCCACCGCCGCGGCGACCACCUCGUCGGAGCCGCCCUGCCCCGAGGGCGAGGCCGACGUGACCUCGACGCUGACCGACGGCCGGACCACGACCGUGCGCGUGACCCUGUCGUCGGCCGCCACGACGACCGUCACGCCCACGCUCGACCCGAGCACCACCUCGACCGCCACGGCGACGACCUGCGUCAUCGACACGGCCAUCGCGCCCGUCGUGACGGCGACGACGACGGCCACGGUCCCGCCGCCCAGCGUCUCGCCGACGCGCACCGUCUGCGAGAGCGACGCGCCCUCGGGCACGCCCGUGCCCGGCGACGCGCACUGCGGCGUCCACGGCAAGCCCGUCGGCGACUACUUUAUGGCGCAGUACGUCCAGAACAAGAAGGACGUGCCCGUCACGCUCGAGGGCUGCUACCAGUUCUGCGAGGCGAGCUUCAAGGAGAACGAGGGCUGCCACUCGUACGAGUUCUACCUCGAGCCGGGCCUCGGCGCCCCGCGCUGCAACCUCUACAGCAGCUCCGUCGCCUUCUCGCUGCGGUCCAUCGACAACUACCAGCCCAACAUCUGGUACGACCUGAGCUGCGGCGACCCGGAGAGCGAGGAGUGGCGCCACCAGAACGGCGGAGGCGGCAACGGCACCUACACCAUGCGCCGGUGA